CACUGAGGGCACACUGAGCUGGUCCAUGCCCACAGGACUCAGGUUCAUGUCAUUCAUUCUGGGGAAACAACAUCAUAACAAAACAACGUUGUGUUUUUUUUUUUGGCUGCAACUAUAAGAAGUGAACUUUGGCUCUGAUAUCAUCUGACUGGUACAGCAGAUUAUUACAAAGGAAAUGUGAGAUGUCUUAUCCUGGCAAGGAGUUGAUGGAGCAUAUUCCGUAUGUCCCUCCGCUGGCUCUCCACGGCAUCUCCAUGGACAACAGCGGAGCGCACUACAAAGAUGCGCUUCGACUCGGACUGCCCUUCCACCUGGACGCUGCAUACCUCGACCCUGUGCACGGCCAGAUGUUACCCUACAGACGGUUAUCCUACUUCCCCUUCCACGGGCCUCUCGGUGUGUGUGAAUAUUCCUUCGAGCCCUCGUUCAUCAGGAAAAGGAACGAAAGGGAGCGACACCGGGUGCGUUGCGUAAACGAGGGUUACGCGCGGCUCAGGGAGCAUCUGCCGCAGGAGUUUGAGGACAAGCGGCUCAGCAAAGUUGAGACUCUGCGGGCGGCUAUUGACUAUAUCAAACACCUGCAGAGCCUGCUGGACUUAAACGUGUCCGGGAUGGAUAUGUCACUCGGAGAUGCGCGCAACCAUGCGCCGCUGCCGCAGAGGACAGAAUGCAGCAGUGAUGGAGAAUCCAAAACUGGCCUCAGCGACAGUGGGGAAAUUGUUUAGUAGCUCUCACUCUCGUUCUCUCUAUGACAUGCUUUAAUUAUAAUUAAAUGUAAUUAAAAGGACAAAGAACAAAAAAACAAAAAAAAAACAAAAGAGAAAGUUUUUGCAGUAAA